AUGUACCUGGUUCGGCUGGCGCAGCACACUCUGGUUGAGGGUCCAGUGACCAGCUUGUGUAUUCUGGCGCUGUUGGUGCUCCUGGCAGUUUACUACCUGCGCCGGGCAAGGAUGGUGCAGCUGAUAGAGAAGAUUCCAGGGCCUGCUGGUCUACCCAUCGUAGGAAACUCUCUACAGAUCAAUGUUGAUCAUGACGAGAUAUUUGAAAGAUUAUCUGGUGCAAGAAAGCUUUGGGGUAAAAGUCUGGGCUGCUGCAAAGGAUGGUAUUGGAACAAGCCUUACAUAUUUAUCAGCAAAGCUACAGCUCUUGAGGAGAUCAUGGGCAGUAUCAAGCAUAUAGAGAAGAGCAAUGACUAUGACUACCUACACCCUUGGCUUGGAACAGGGCUUCUUACCAGCUCUGGGCCAAAGUGGCAAAAGAGGAGGAAAAUUCUCACUCCAGCUUUCCACUUCCGCAUUUUGGAUGACUUUAUAGACAUUUUCCGAGAACAGAGCGACAUCUUUGUACAGAAGCUUCAGAAGGAGUGUGGUCAGGGACCUUUCAACAUUUUCCCUUACGUUACGCUUUGCGCCCUGGACGUCAUUUGUGAAACUGCGAUGGGGCGAAAAGUUGAAGCUCAAAGCAACAGUGACUCAGAUUAUGUCAGGGCUGUUUAUGAGAUUGGCUCCAUUAUUCAGGCGAGGCAGGCCAAGAUAUGGCUGCAGCCCGAGUGGUUGUUCCGCUGGUCGCCGUUGUACUCGACACAUCAACGAUGCAUCAAUAUAUUGCAUUCCUUCUCUAACAAGGUGAUUUCUGAACGGAAAGCAGAAAUUGCAAAACUAAAGGAACAAGGACUUCAACUCUCAGAUGAAACGGACGAUUUAGGUGGCAAGAAGCGACUCGCCUUUCUAGACUUGCUGAUAGAAGCUUCACACGAGGGACAUGUUUUGUCAGAUGAGGACAUCCGAGAGGAAGUGGAUACAUUCAUGUUUGAGGGCCACGAUACAACAUCAGCUGGAAUCUCCUGGCUGCUCUUUCUCCUCGGCUGGCAUCCAGAAAUUCAGGAAAAGGUUGUCCAAGAGAUAGAGACUAUCUUACAAGGUGAAGAUCGACCUUUGACUAUGAAGGACUUGACUUCCAUGAAGUACUUGGAGUGUUGUAUCAAAGAAGCUCUCAGGCUCUACCCAAGCGUACCAAUCAUGGCUCGUAAGCUGAAUGAGGACAUAGUGGUUGGUGGAUACACAGUUCCUGCCGGGACUGUCGCUAUGAUCAUCACUUACAUGCUUCAUAGAGAUCCUGACGCAUUCCCCAAACCAGAAGUGUUCAACCCAGACAACUUCCUGGUGGAGAACUGUCGAGGACGACACCCUUACGCUUACAUUCCCUUCAGUGCCGGACCUCGUAACUGCGUGGGUCAGAAGUUUGCGCUGCUAGAGGAGAAGAUGGUUGUGUCGACAUUUCUUCGCAAGUUCAGAAUUGAGUCUGUCGACCGACGGGAGGAUCUAACGUUGUUGGGGGAGCUGAUUCUUCGACCUAAAGAUGGGCUCAAGGUGAAGAUAUUUCCUCGACAGUGACGGUGAUUGCUAAUCAUGUAAACUCUCUAUACUAGAUACAAAAUAUCUUGAGCUUUGUUCCACAACAAUGCAAGAGUGAAGUCAGCAAAAUUGGACUUAAAGACUCUCAGCUGGACAAAUGAACAUCAGCUGGUCCAAUAAUUAGUUGUUUUUAUAAUACUUUUCAGUCACUCAAUUCAG